CAUAGCUGGAGUAGGAGGAGGCCUGGAGCAAAGCGAGCCACUGUCGGGGGGAAUGGGUGACAUUUGAUCGAGGAAAAGGCUGUCAGCGAAAAGGAGAGACGUACUGGAGACAUGGAUGACUGCAGCUACAUAGAGUUCGACGUGCCGGAGUACAGCGGCAGCAUCCUGGGCCAGCUGAACGAGCUGCGUCUGCAGGGCAAGCUGUGCGACAUCGUGGUGCACAUCCAGGGCCAGCCCUUCCGCGCGCACAAGGCCGUGCUGGCGGCCAGCUCGCCGUACUUCCGCGACCACUCGGCCCUCAGCACCAUGAGCGGCCUCUCCAUCUCCGUCAUCAAGAGCCCCGACGUGUUCGAGCGGCUGCUGGCCUUCUGCUACACGGGCCACAUGUCGCUGCAGCUGAAGGACGUCAUCGGCUUCCUGACGGCCGCCAGCUUCCUGCAGAUGCAGGCCGUCAUCGACAAGUGCACCCAGAUCCUGGAGGGCAUCCACUCCAAGAUCAGCCUGCCCCCUGGUGGCAGCCCCGGGAAGGACGCCCCCCAGGUCAGCCGCAACGGCGUGAAGGACGGCAGCCUCUUCGUCAACCCCAUGCAGAUCUCGCCGCCCUACUUCUCCCGGCAGGUGGUGGUGACCGCGGCGGGCGGAGGGCCGGAGGCGGGGAGGGCACCGGGCCCCCGGGGGACCCGGGCGGCUGAGGAGGGCCAGUCGGACCGCGGCAGCAGCGACGGCGUGUCGGAGCAGGAGGCCGCGGCCGAGGGAGAGCAGGAGCAGGUGGAGCUGAUAGGCCAGGACGGUCAGGUGACGGACGUGCGGGUGAAGCUGGAGAAGGCGGACCGGCCCAGCUGCUCGGACAGCUCGUCGGCGGGCGACGACGGCUACCACACGGAGCUGGUGGACGGCGAGCAGGUGCUGGCGGUGAGCGUGGGCUCGUACGGCCCUGUGGCCCAGUCCGCCGGCUACACCUACCCCGCCCUGACCUCGCCCUGCUUUGUCAGCCUCAGCAGCUCCAGCCCCUCCCGCUCCAUGCUCAGCGGUUUCCGUGGCGGGCGUGGCCGGCUCAAGCGCCCGGCGGCUGACACCCCGGGCCCCGGCGCCAAGGACGAGGACAGGGAGCCCGCGGGGGGCGGGGCCGGAGCUCCCCCCGGCUUCGAGAAUGACGUGCGGGAGAGGAACCUGCGCGGCCAGUGGUACCCCUACAACGAGCGCCUCGUCUGCAUCUACUGCGGUAAGUCCUUCAACCAGAAGGGCAGCCUGGACCGGCACAUGCGUCUGCACAUGGGCAUCACGCCCUUCGUCUGCAAGUUCUGCGGGAAGAAGUACACGCGCAAGGACCAGCUGGAGUACCACAUCCGAGGGCACACGGACAACAAGCCCUUCCACUGCCAGAUCUGCGGCAAGUGCUUCCCCUUCCAGGGCACGCUCAACCAGCACCUGCGCAAGAAGCACAUGGGCGCCACGGACGGCAGCGGCCACGCAGACUCGCCCGAGAGGGCCGAGGGGCCCAGGGGCCCCCGGGGGCCCGAGGACGGAGUGGGCGAGGACGGCGGGGCGGCCUACGGGGCCCCGUACGCGGAAGAAGCCCCCGGCCAGGACAACGGGGAGGAGAGCGCCAGGGGCAGCCCGGAGGAGGCACACGCGUCCAGAUGUGAUUUCUAGGCCCCGCCCGUG